UUAUUUUUUAAAGAAUUUUACGUAAAAACAAAUUAUUGGCAUUAAAUAAAAUGCAACAUUUUCUAAGCUGAGGAAACUUUUAAGUGAGCGUCGAUAAAAUUCCAUUCGAUUUCGAGAAACGAGCGACUAGCAAACAAUAAACGAAACGCCUGAAAGUAGACAUUAAAGCUGCCAAAGAUGUUCUCCAUGUGUUCGAAAGUGAAGCCACGAAACUCAACAGUGAAUACACAACAACCAACGGGCACAGUUGGGAAACAGAUCAAAGGAGGAUACUUGUUGCGUUACAAAAAGCAAUUACUGUGGAAUCGCUGGGCUGAGGAAUGGGUCGUGCUGUAUGAUGAUUCAACAAUGGCUUGGUUUACGGAACCCGGUCGGUCAUCGCCAGCUGGUAAAAUCCUAGUCAAGGAAGCGCCAGAAAUGUUGGCCAUUGCACACUGGACUGGUCAAAUACCGCGCCGUCCACCACUGCCCGAAGGGUGUAGUGUGUCACAGCUGAUUGCGUUGGGCUCGAGAAGAAAGCGCUCCAAAGUYUACUGGAUGUUGGCCAAAUCGGAACAGGAAGUGAGCGAUUGGGUUGACGCCAUUACCAAGACGCUGCCGCCACCACCACAAAUUGAGCUCGUAGUUGACAAGCCGCAUCUUAUGAAUGUCUUACGUCGGCCACUGGUGCGCAUCCGCCCGGCCACUACGUCGGAGGUGAAACAGCGUAAAGUUUCGGCGCAUAGAAGCAGCAGCGCUCAUCCGGCUUUGGCUCAUCACCGCACGUUCUACGUACAGGAUCCGUUGGUGAAGAGCGAUGCCGCCGUUGCUAUAUUGAGUAAAAAACCCGAUUCGAAGCCGGCUUUGGCUUGCGCAUUGCCCUGGGGACACGGUUGGGGCUGGGCCACUUUGCCGAAUGGUGUGUGGAGUGGCGGUCUCACUUGGUCGCAGUGUGAGGAUACUUUUACUCUACACGCACUGCCCACCACGCACUGCACCAAUCUUGUGGACACGUCAUGUAGCGGCGCCGUCUAUCACACCGACAUCGGCGGCUUCGAUUUCCAUUCGACCGGCGUGGAAGAUCUCGGCGGUGAGGACUUCGAUUAUGCCAUGGAUUGUGGGGAUUUCAUAUUUUAAGCGCAAAAGCUGCUGUGCAAAAGAGAAURUGAACCCACAAAAACAGGAAGAGGAUGCGCGACAUUAAAAAGGCAGAAGAAAAGGAAGAUAAGAAUUUCAAAAAAUAACAACAAAAAACAUUUUAACUGAAAAAAUAUAACCACCCCACCCUAGAAACGAGUGCAAAGGCACUUGAACGCUUAUAAGUUAAAAAACAAAUGAAGCCAAAAACUAGUUUAAUUAGCAGGGGCUCGAAACAAAAGCYAAAUAAUGGACUCACCUUCUAGUACUUUGGAAUAAAUUUUCACAUUUUCGCUGCACCCGAGUCUUGAACGAAGAACGAGCCGAACUGCAAAAAAAUUUAAAAGUAAAAAUAAAAAAAAAAAAACAAGAUCUAUAGAAAUAUUGAAUUAUGUACAUGUUAACUAAUAUUACGGGUAAUAGGAGAACGAAUUUUCAGUUGGGUUCUCAACUGCGUGACAAUUUCGAGUUUUUUGCAUUUUAUAAACGCCUUCGUUUAAGCGAAUCGACCGACCUGURAAUGGAAUGGCAGAAUGGAUGAAAAUUACUAGCCAAAGAAAUAUAAUAAAACAGAGAAAAAACAAAAACAAACAAAUAAUCAUAACAACAACAACAAAUAUGAGUAUUCCAAUGGAUUUCAAAAGAUGCCAAAUUUUUGUAAGACGCCACAAAAACAGCGCAGCAGGGAAAACACUGACCCACAUUUAGGCGCCGGGUGCACCUAAGGGACGGGUAGCUGGGAAUUAGUAUUACUUAUGUGUAUAUUGUAGGGAUGUUUACACACGACGUCGUCAAUAGUUGUAGUUGAAAUUUAACCAAUCAUAGCGCAUAUUAAAGCAAAAAUGAAACAAAAAUUUAAAAUGAAAACCUGAAACAAAAAAAUAUAAAGAAAAAAUCUGAAAAAAAAAACAAAAAGUAGCUGUAAAUUAAAAAAAAGAGAUUUAGCAUUUUCAGCUGAUAGAAGAUGUUUAUUUUUAUGUGUAUAUGUACGUAUGUAUGUGUGAAACAACAUAAUAGGGGACGCAAAGAAUUUAGAAACCAUAGUCAAGUUUUGAACAUAUAAAAUUAAAGCAAAAAAAAAAACGCUAAAAAUAUUACGUGGUAUAUUUGUAGGUUACUAAAACAGCAAACCAAACAGCAAAAAAAAAAAAAAAACGAAGUCAAAAAUUACACACACAGUACUCAUUGAUCUGCCAAAUAGUUUUGAAAGAUAUUUAAAGUAGGUAUUGUAUUGACAUUAAAGAAAAUAUAAAUAAAAAAAAUAACAAGAACAAGGAAUCGUUGUACACAAGGAAACGCCACCAAGCAACAAUGCGAAACACGAGCAACAUUUAAUUGACAAUGCAAAGUUUUUUGAAAUGCCGAAUUGAUUAUAGAUUUUUUAAAUGAUUUUUCGAUUUUUUACUGUUUUUACGUAA